GCGAGAGAAAACGUUAUUGGUUAGUGGGCGCGGCCCGUGUCUAUAAAUGGCUGUGGCCAAUGGGGAGUAGGAAGGGGCGUGGUUUUCUAGAGGAGGAGGGAGAGGCAAGUAAGUGGGGCGUAAAGGCUCCCGCUGAGACAGACCCAUACUCUCCAUCGGACAAUGUCGUCUCCUGAAAUUGCUUCCCUCUCUUGGGGCCGGAUGACGGUGAAAGGCUGCGUGACGACGUACAAGGACUGCAAAGUGUGGCCUGGUGGCAGCCGUGCAUGGGAUUGGAGAGAAACAGGAACUGAUCAUUUCCCCGGCGUGCAGCCAUCAGAUGUUGAAGAAGUUGUCCAGAAGGGUGCAAAAACAUUAGUGAUUGGCCGCGGCAUGAGCGAAGCCUUGCAGGUGCCGUCGUCAACGGUGGACUACCUGAAGCAACAUGGGAUUGAUGUGCUGGUGCUCCAGACAGAGAAGGCUGUGAAAGAGUACAACACACUAGCCUCCCAGGGUGCCAAAGUGGGUGGCGUCUUCCACUCCACUUGCUAGGCUGCUCAAUGCAGCUCCGUUUCCCACCAUCUUGUGCCUCGGGGUGAAUAAAAGAGUGUCGUCUCA